GCCAUCAAAAAACCCAUAUCGCUCGACCACUAAAACUUCUAUUUCUACACGUUGCAAUAAUGAGAAUAUAUUUAUUUUAUUGAUAGUGUUAUUUUGGGGAUGUUUAAUUUCUAAUUAAAUGUAUAUUUUUUGUUGUGAUGAAAUAUGACCCUGAUAUGUUCUUGACAGGUUUAAGAUGUCCAUCCCUAUAAUGGGCCUGGUAGUUUCUUCAGAUAAUUCCUCCUUAUCUCAUUCACCCUAUAUGAUGAUGAUGAUGAUGUCACUCACUGCAUCACUCAUGUCUUGACACAUGAUGUCAUUGGUUUAAUGUUAGGCUGUAAGCAGGCAACACCUGUGUUUGAGCUGUCAGGUGUGCUGGGAUUGGUCAUGUGUGCACGCUGUUUCCUCUCAGAAGCGCUCGCACAGGAACUUAUCAGGUUCUUGUGAAUUAUUAACCCCAGGACAUCUAGAAAGGCUUGAAAAUCACUUCGGGUAUGUCAGAAAACAGCCAUGGCAGGAAAUGCCAGUGCAAGAACAGAUGCAGUCCAAAGCAGGAGGUCUUUCUAUGGGUUGUACCCAUACAAGUCAAGCAUGAUUGGACUGGAGUCUCUAGCAGAUCCGUCUGCUGACUGGGACAUUGUGGAAACCAUUGGAAAAGGAACCUAUGGAAAGGUCUACAAAGUCAUCAACAAGAAAGAUGGAAGUCAAGCAGCUGUGAAAGUUUUGGACCCUAUUAAUAAUCCCAGUCAUACUAACAGAGAUGUGGACGAAGAGAUUGAAGCAGAGUACAACAUACUGCACUCGUUGUCCAACCAUCCCAACGUAGUCAAGUUUUAUGGCAUGUUUUACAAAGCAGAUGAGCUCUCUGGAGGACAGCUAUGGCUAGUUCUGGAGUUGUGUAAUGGAGGUUCAGUGACUGACCUGAUAAAGGGUUUGCUGAUGAGAGGAAAACGUCUGGAGGAGCCCAUCAUCUCCCACAUUCUGUAUGGAGCACUUCUGGGUCUUCAGCAUCUUCACAACAACAGAAUUAUCCACCGUGAUGUGAAGGGCAACAACAUUCUCCUCAGCACAGAUGGUGGAGUUAAACUGGUGGACUUCGGUGUCUCUGCUCAGCUGACGAGUGCACGUCUGCGCAGAAACACAUCGGUGGGGACUCCGUUCUGGAUGGCACCUGAGGUGAUCGCGUGUGAACAACAGUUUGAUUAUUCAUACGAUGCCCGCUGUGAUGUCUGGUCUCUAGGAAUCACUGCCAUAGAGCUGGCAGAUGGAGAUCCACCCCUGGCAGAGAUGCACCCGGUCAAAGCACUCUUCAAAAUACCACGGAACCCAUCUCCUACCCUACGCCAUCCAGAGCAGUGGUGCAGAAGUUUCUGCUACUUUAUUGCUCAGUGUUUGAUAAAGGAUUUUGAGAAGCGUCCAUCAGUGACGCAUCUGCUGGAGCAUCCGUUCAUUAAACAGGCUCAUGGGAAAGACACAUCGCUCAGACAGCGGCUGUCGGUCCUCAUCCGCGAACAACAGGAGGUUGGUAGCAGGACCAAGACCAGGCAUGAGAGGAUCAAUACCCGAAAAACACUGAUCAUUGAGAGCUGCCCUGAUGAUGAUCUGGUGAAUCUGGAGGUCUUAGAUGAGGAAACAAUCAUCACACAUCUUCAGAAGCGAUAUGAAGAACUACAGAUCUACACGUAUGUUGGUGACAUCCUCAUAGCCCUAAACCCCUUCCAGAAUCUCAGCAUUUACUCUCCACAGUUCUCGAAGCUCUAUCAUGGGAUGAAACGCUCCACUAACCCCCCACACAUCUUUGCCACCGCUGAUGCAGCCUAUCAGAGCAUGGUCACACUCUCCAAAGAUCAGUGUAUAAUCAUCAGUGGAGAAAGUGGAGCUGGUAAAACUGAAAGUGCUCAUCUCAUCGUACAACAUCUUACCUUUCUGGGCAAGGCUAAUAACCGAACACUUCGUGAGAAGAUUCUUCAAGUGAAUCCCCUGGUGGAGGCGUUUGGUAACGCAUGCACGGCCAUUAACGAUAACUCCAGCCGAUUCGGAAAGUAUCUGGAGAUGAAGUUCACACCUACGGGGGCGGUGAUGGGUGCUAAGAUCUCUGAGUACCUUCUGGAAAAAUCAAGAGUCAUCAAACAGGCUGCGGGCGAAAAAAACUUCCACAUAUUUUACUACAUCUACGCCGGUCUUUACCAUCAAGAUAACCUCAAGAAAUACAGACUACCAAAUAAAACUGCCCCCAGAUAUAUUGACUGUGUGAACAGUAAAGUGAUGCAGGACAUCAUCUCCAGCAAACUGUACUCAGAGCAAUUUGACGCUAUUCAGGAUUGUUUCCGAAUCAUAGGAUUUACUGAGGAGGAAGUGAAUUCAGUGUACAGGAUCCUGGCAGCCAUUUUAAACACAGGAAAUAUUGAAUUCACAUCAACCACUUCACAGCAUCAGAGUGACAUGAGUGAGGUACCCAACUCUGAAGCCUUAGACAACGCGGCUGCUCUUCUCAGUAUCGGUCCUGAAGAGCUUCAAGAAGCUUUGACAUCUCAGUGUGUUGUAACUCGAGGGGAGACCAUCAUCCGCACCAACACUGUAGACAAGGCCACGGAUGUGAGGGAUGCCAUGUCUAAAGCCCUUUACGGCCGUCUCUUCAGCUGGAUUGUGAACCGCAUCAAUGCCCUUCUACAGGCUGACUCCAACAUCUGUGCGGCCGAGAGCGUGAUGAAUGUGGGGAUUUUGGACAUCUUUGGUUUUGAGAACUUCAAGAAGAACUCAUUUGAGCAGCUGUGCAUCAACAUCGCUAAUGAACAGAUCCAGUUCUACUUCAACCAACACAUCUUCGCUCUGGAACAGAUGGAGUAUCAAAGUGAAGGUGUAGAUGCCAGUCUGGUGGAAUAUGAGGACAACAGGCCCAUUCUAGACAUGUUUCUGCAGAAGCCCAUGGGUUUACUCUCUCUGCUGGAUGAAGAGAGCCGCUUCCCACAAGCUACUGACCAUACACUUGUCGAUAAGUUUCAAGACAACUUAAGAAACAAAUAUUUCUGGACACCAAAGCGUGUGGAGCUUUGUUUUGGGAUUCAGCAUUAUGCUGGCAAGGUGUUGUAUAAUGUCAGCGGGUUUUUGGAGAAGAACCGCGACACUCUGCCUGCAGACAUCGUUGUUGUUUUGAGAACGUCAGAGAACAAACUCCUACAGCAACUGUUUUCCAGCCCACUCACUAAAACAGGUAACCUGGCCACAUCCAGAGCCAGAGUGACAGCAGCAUCCAGAUCUCUGCCUCCACAGCUAAACAGUGGACGAAAUAAGUCUCCUAAAUACCUAUUAAAGGUGGACACCAUGGAAAUGAUGCGUCACCCAGAGGAAACCACUAACAUGCGGAGACAAACUGUGGCAUCUUAUUUCAGAUACUCUCUUAUGGACCUGCUGUCUAAGAUGGUUGUGGGCACACCUCAUUUCGUCCGCUGUAUCAAACCCAACGAUGACCGUCAGGCUCUGUGCUUCAGUAAGGAGCGUGUGAUGGUUCAGCUGCGCUACACUGGUAUCCUGGAGACCGUCAACAUCCGGCGGCAGGGCUACUCUCACAGGAUUCCCAUCCAGGAGUUUGUAAACAGGUAUUACUACCUGUCGUUUCGAGCUCAUCAGAUGCCAGAGAGCAGUAAAGAGAACGCCAUCAUUAUACUACAGAAGGCCAAACUCGACAACUGGGUCAUUGGCAAAACCAAGGUGUUUUUGAAGUACUAUCACGUGGAGCAGCUCAAUCUGAUUUUGCGUGAGGUGAUCGCUCGGGUGGUGUUGAUGCAGGCCUACACCAAGGGCUGGAUUGGAGCUCGACGCUAUCGCAGAGAGAGAGAAAAACGCAAGAAUGGAGCGAUUGUCAUACAGUCAGCCUGGAGGGGUCAUGUGGCCCGUCAAAAUCUGAAGCUGAUAAAAAGAGAGCGUGAUCAGGCCGCUGUGCAGAUCCAGUCAGCAUACAGGGGGUACAAAGUCAGAAAAGACAUCAGACACAGUCGACAGCUGACUGGACACGAAGCAUUGGAAACAAGAACCUCUGCCAAUCACUUUUCUGAAGACAAGGUUGGACAUAAAGACGCAGACAGUGAGGAAAGCUCAAUUGACGUGUCUGUGAUGAAGACAGACAGACGGAGAGACAGAAUACAGAAGAGAUCUGCACUGAGCAAACAAGGUCCGCUGGUGAAGCUGCAUCACCGUUCCCCUCGGCGUAGAGGACAGCAGCCCAAGCUCCUGAACAGCCCAGAAGACAGUCUUUAUUACAACCAUCUCAACAGAAAUCUGGAUUAUCAGGGGAGCAAGAGGAAGCCCAGAAAACUAGGGCAAAUAAAAAUGCUGGAUGGAGAGGAUGAAUAUUAUCAAUUACUGUCCACAAUAGAGUCUGUCCCUGAGGAGGACGGAUUAUCUGGCGCCUCCCCAAAUCCCAAGACUGUCCCGCCUCCUGCCCCUACCACCAUCUCAUCCAGAUGAGCUCUGCUCUGCCCAUCAUACUGACUCUUGAUGACAGCUGAUCGCUGCCUUCAACCACCACUAAAUCUGCUGUACAUAUAUGAGGAAAGAUAUUUUAAGUCUGCAUUAUUUUCUCAGUUUUUAUAUAUGCAUUUAAUAUCAAUGACAGAUAUGUUUUAUCAGUUUUAUUUUAAAGAUACAAUAAGAUGUGUUACUUACUUGUGAGUCUCAGUGGCAGCCUUUUGAACUUUUUAAAAAUGGUAUGUUGCCAAACAACAUGAUUUGAUGAGUGGAGGAAGAGAUUUCUUUUUUUAUCGUGAUAUUUUGAGACUUUGUUCAUUUAUAAUGCAUUUCAGAAAUAUGAAUCUAAUACAUUUCCCUACUCGAAAACAACUGCCUGGUUUUAGCUGGUGUAGCAAGCUGGUCUAGAUGUCACUGUUUAAGCUGGACUUAACUGGUCAGACUGGAAGACCCACCAGCUUGACAAGCUUUGUCAGGCUGGGAGGACCAGCUUAAACCAGCUACCGUCACAUUUUUUUAGUACGGUUGUCUGCAUCAUCUUGUGUUUUGCAGUUUGCAAAAAUUAAUCAGCUGUCCUUUAUAGAAGAAAAGCAGGACAAGCACUUUUGUUGUAACAGUUUAAGACAGAUCUGAACCCUAUACAUCACUACAUUGACAUUAUAAAAUUCAUCAGCCUGAUAAUAGAGUUAAGAAAAUGUGGCAAAUGGUGCAUUAAUGUUUGUGAGUUUGUGUGAUGUUUGUUACUUUUCCUCAUCUUUUAUCAGCUGUUUUGUACUCUGUAUAAUAAAUAAAAAAGUGUUUGCUCAUC